AUUUCCCUCCUGCCACUCCUGAGAGCGCAACACAGGACCAAAGUUACGGAUUACGCGCUUCUCCUCCAAAAGGGAAAAAGCAAACGACUUCUCCGCUUUCAAACUCAUCCACAGUCCACAAACUUGAAGGAGAUUUGGGGAAAUUUGAUCUGCUAAUGUCAACUUUGAAAGAGUCGACUCUUGCUGCUUGAUAGAAGCCCUGAUCGGAAUAACCAGCGCGCCGCAGGAGCAUCAGGGCGACUCAUCUGGAAGUUUUAACUUGAAGAUUGGACUUUUGUCUUUUCCUUUCUCUCCAGUUUUCUUUUUUUGUGUGUGUUUGCCGAGUUUCCCGGUGGCGUUGGUUUGUUAAACAUUUCAAGAACAAGGAUUCAGUGACUCUUCCAAAGAAAAAAGUUUUUCUUCACAUCUGGAUUAUGCGCGUGAGGGAGACUCGGGAGUGAAGAGAGAGUCGACCAUUGCUGCCCUGGAGAAGGGAAAUGCGGAGUGAAGACGGCGUCUAGGAGGAUGUUGCUGCUUGUACGAUGGAAGUGAAGAACCUUUCUGCUUGUGCUGCCUUGCUUUGUCUUUUCUUUUGUUCAGUUCUGAGCCAAGACCUGAACCCUAAAGGCAGGAAUGUCUGCAGAUCAGCUGGGUCACCGGGAUUGGUGUGCUGCAGUGGAUGGGGGCAGUUAGGGAAUGAGUGCCUGACACCUCUCUGUGAGGGCAAUUUCACCUGCAAGGACAACGAGGUGUGUGUCAGGCCAAAUGAAUGUCGCUGUCGUCAUGGAUACUUUGGAGCCAGCUGUGACACCAAAUGCCCUGCACAGUACUGGGGACCUGACUGCAAAGGGAAAUGUCACUGUUACCCCAACGGCCAGUGUAACGACCUGACCGGUGAGUGCACCUGCAACCACAACCGCUGGGGUCCGAACUGUGAGAACGCAUGUCUGUGCCAAAAGGGCAAGUGCGACCAGCAAACAGGAAAAUGCACAUGUCACCCCGGCAUCUGGGGUCCCCAGUGCAACAACAACUGCUACUGCAGCGUCAACUCGGUGUGCGACUCCAUGACGGGGCGGUGUCUGUGCAACCCCGGCUGGAUGGGGAGGAACUGCGCCAUCCAGUGCAACUGCAACGGCUCGCCGUGCGACCAGUUCACGGGGCGCUGCCAGUGCAGGGAGAGGCUGUGGGGCCCACGCUGUGAACGAUACUGUCAGUGCUACCACGGCAAGUGCAACCCGGUCGACGGCUCUUGCACGUGCACUCUGGGCUACCGUGGGAAGCUCUGCAAGGAACCGUGUCCGGCUGGAUUCUACGGUCAAAACUGCAGGAACAGAUGCGGGCACUGCAAAGGCCAGCAGCCCUGCAAGGUGACGGAGGGCCGCUGCGUCACCUGCGACAGGGGCUGGAACGGCACGCGGUGCGAUCAGCUCUGCUCCAAGGGCUUCUUCGGAGAGAACUGCCAGGAGGUGUGUCCCACCUGCAAGGACGGUCACCACUGUGACCCCAUCCAUGGCAAGUGCUCCCACUGCAACGCCGGCUGGAUUGGGGACAGGUGCGAGGUGCGUUGCCCCAAUGGCACGUAUGGCGAAAACUGCGAGAACAACUGCAGUCAUUGUUUUAACGGCAUCUGUCAUGUUGUCACCGGAGAGUGUCUGUGCGACCCCGGCUUUUAUGGCACCUACUGCAACAUGACCUGUCAGCCGGGCCAGUACGGAGUCAACUGCAACCAAACGUGCUCCUGCAAUGACAAGAACUGUGAUCCCGUGUCUGGGGCCUGCUACCUCCAUCCCAACCAGCGGAUGGGUGUGAUCGCAGCAGGCUCCCUGGUCUCCUUCUUACUGAUCACCCUGCUCUCGCUGCUCUGCUGCUGCUGCCUCUGUCGACACAAAGACAACCACAACAAAAAAGCCAAACGGAUCUUGUGUGGACGAUUCAGCAGAAUCAGCACUAAACUUCCCCGUAUUCCACUGAGGCGACAGAAACUGCCCAAAGUAGUCGUAGCCCACCACGACCCGGAGAACACCUUCAACUGCAGCUUCAUCGAGCCCCCCUCUGUGGCCGAGCAGAUGUCCCCCUCCUCCUGGUCCUCCCAGGAGUCCUUCUCCUCCUAUGAGAGUGAAGACGAAGGGCCAGUUUACUGCGUUCCCAACGAUGAAUCUGUGAGUGAUGCCAAAGAGAAGCAGAGCCCAAGCCCUGCUGCAGAGGAGGUGGAAGAGGAGCUUAACGACGAGGAUGCAGGGGAGUACACUUCCCUCAAAGACACAAGUGUCACCAAGCCGGAGAGCGCUGAGCCGCGCCUACACAAGUACUCUGACAGCGAAGGCUCCAACAGCGGCUCUGACUCCACGGCCGCGGCCCUCUACGCUCGCGUCGCCCGACUUUCAAAGCAGUCCAAGGACGACGAGGGCAGUGGAAGGGACGGGGAUAGCACCCCUACCCCGGAGCCCAAGCGAAACGGCAAGCCGCCGCCUUCGCCUGGAAAGCCCAAGCCUCGCCCCCCAGACCCCUCUACUAAGCCCAAAGUGUCGUGGAUACACGGUAGCACAACGGGGUCUCCACUGGCAGAACAGCAGGGAGGAGUUAAGUCGUUUAUAAUGUCCAAAGAGAAAAAGAGGAGCUCCAGCGAUGGGUCAUCCAAGAGUGAAGAGCGGCAAAAAAUAGAGGAUAUUUGUCGAGCCCAACAAAAGAACCAGGAGUGGAAGGAUACAGGUGUCAAUGGGUCCGCCAGCAAACACAAACCUCUGCGAGGUAAGAAGUCUGGGGACGGGCACAGCCCCAGUCACAUGGAUCACAUCAACGGUGUCGUCCAGAACGCCCUCAAGAAGAUAAGUAAUUUCCAUAGCUCCUCACCUGAGAAGAAAUGUGUUGACAAUCCAAAGCAGACCCCCAAGGAGCCCCCCAAGAGCCCCAAGUUAAUCCACCCUCACAUGAACUCUGAGGCCGCCACGCUGCUGGCUGCUCAGCUUAAGGAGAAAACCCAAAGCAUCAACAGGCAUGAGGGGACAGGACUGACCAAGACCAAUGGUCUCUCUCCAUCCAAGGGGCACAAGGAGAAACCCACACCACCGCAGAAAGCCAAGAGGACUGCGUCCAGUGGGCUCGGCCAGCAGGGCUCCACCAAGCCCCUGCUGCCCACCUCCAACAGCCUCCAGAAGAUGGUGGCGCCCGUCGCCAACAGCUGCGGUACCCCAGAAGCCAAGAGCCCGGAGAAGCAGGACUUGAACGGCUCCAGGACAGGGGACCUGUUGGACCCCACACCAAAGAAGACCCCCAUAAAAAAGCCCCCCAGGAAGAAAGGCAAGGAGGGCACCUUGGAAACGGUCGAAAGUAAACCCCCCCCGCCAAAGACAGCCAUUAUGCCACCACAGGUAGUGAAGUAAGUCUUUUAAACAACAAGUUGCACAAAGGUUGUGGUGGAUUUUCCACAAGACUGAAAUGUAUUUGUUUCGAACGUUAUCCGACAUUUAGUUUUUCAAUUAAGGAAUAACGUGUGUUCUGUGACUUCAGGACCAGUUAAGAGUAAUACAUUUGUUUACACCGAUGGUGUAAUUGGGUCACAUUGGCGAGGUGCAUUAUAACCUCUAUACGCCAUUGUACUACUCUUCAGCAAUACUUUUUCUUUUUUUUAUUCUUUUUGGGGAACCAGUACGUAUCAGCUUCACACUGCAACCUGUGACUCGGCCGGACACAACUGUGAACAGAGUUGCAGAGACAUUAGCCAAAGUCAGUCAUCUCUUUUUCUACAGCAGCUGGUCCACCGUUAUAUUUAUAUAUGGAAAACAUAGUUUUAAUUAAGGAACCAAAUGCCAGGAAAAUAGCUAUUUCCAUCGAGGUUCUCCACGGGUACUAAAGAUUAGCAGACAAUCAGCGCUCUGAUGAUGACAAGCCGACGCAAGAGAAUACAGCCCUACAGCAAAGCCAGUUUAUGACAAAAGUCUCAUUUCCAAUCUCCAAGGUUGUCUUUUGAAAGUAACCCCGACAAUAUUCAUAGGCACUCAUUUUUUUUAAGCAAAGGAAAGACAUUCUUCAAUGUCUUUCAGCCUCCCUGUCAUUAGGAUUAUUAAAGGUAGUUUUGGUAACACCAAAUCACCAGAAUGUGCUCUUACUGUACAUUUUAUUCAGUCUGCUAAACCACUUAACCAUAAAUGAGUCCCCGGGCGAUCAUGUGUCCUAACUUGUCAUGUUUCCGAAUCGUUUGGAAUUCACUAAGUUUCCCUGCGUUGAGGACGAUCGGCCUUUUCAAGUGUGCUGGAGAAAGAAAUCACUCUGCAGGACUACGCCCUUUUCAGUCAAUUCAGUUUCCUAUUGAUUUAUUCGUAUAAGCACUAAUUCACAAAAAUGUCAAGUAAUUUCAAAGCACUUUACAGAGAAAACAAACAGGCUCGGAGCCAUCCAAUAAAUACAACUCAUUUAUAUUCCAGUUUUAUUUCUCUUUAACCCAAUUUAUCGUAAUCCAUUUAUCAUGCAAUUUAUUCCAGUUCAGUCUGAUUCAAAUGAAUCCGUAUGGCACACUUCCUACUGAUUCAACGUGAGUCUGGAUAUCCAGUCAGUGUCACAUUUGAGUCAUUUUUGCUUCAGAUAGGUGCUAUUGCGAUAACCUGUAAGGAAGAAAAGCUAUUCAGGCAAAGAUAUUUUCCUCCCCGAGGAUCGCAUCAUCCAAAGCUAGCAGAGUCAUGCUGAACUGAAGAGGAUGCUUACAUUUCAUUGCUUUGGGCUGAGACUGAAACGAGAUGGUACUUUGCUUUGUGUACAAAAUGUGCCUCAACUGUAGAUCAGUUUAAGCAAAGUAAGCUGUUUGUGCCUAAUCAUAAUGUUCAUUUCAGGUGUUGAUAGUAAAGGUAGGGUAAGUGAUUUUAGACGAUGUCCAACCCAGACGCUUUGUCACAUUCAGUAAAUAUUAGGGCUGGACCCGAAAACACAGACGUCAGGAUAUUCAUUUGUUAGGUGGGCACCCAGUUCUCAGGUUUUUGGGGUGGCUUUUUUUGUGUGGGGGGGGGGGUGGCUUUUACAAAGAAUCAACUGCAAGAUCCAGCUCUCUCCCUCACCCGUGCCCAUUAAAUCACCUGCAGCUCAGCUUAGUUGUUAAGGGGAUGACAUCACACUGUGUGGCACACGUUAAAGUGAGCGAUGACCCUCAUUGACGUCUGUUGUGCAGUCUUCAGCUGCUGUCACACACUUUUCCACAUCUCUCGCUGUUAGCUGUGGACAUUACACUAACCAAUGUAGCACCUGUGCCCCCAUC